CGUCCAGUGAACUUUCUCCUGUACCUCCCAAAACUCUGUUCACAAUGUAUGAUGUUUAGAAAUGGCACAGAGGAGUAAACCUGGCAGAGGACGGAAGUGUCUUCACAGGCUAAUGCACCAUGGAUUAUUUACGGAGAUACGUCUGUGCACAGAUAUAAAGGAAUGCAAUUAGAGUACCACAUUUUCUUAAAUUGUAUUUUUGAAGGACAGCUGCGUAGGAAUAACAAUGUUCGUCGGUUUUCUGUUUUUCCUUUUGAAUAUCCCGCUUUUUGCUCAUUUAUACUUCUGUAUGGAAAUCGAUUUUUGUGAGCCUGUGCAACUUGACCAUGAAAACGCGUCAUCUCAGAGUGACGGCAUAAGAAAUCACAUUGUAUUUAAAAUAAGCGCUUUUAAACAGGAUUUCUAUCUAAACGUAUUACCGGACUCCAGCUUUCUUGCACCUGAUGUCACGCAUGAAAAUCAUCUCUCCACAACAGCUACUUCAGUGUCUGAUCUACGGCGAUGCUUUUACUCUGGAGACGUUAAUUCAGACGCCUCUUCCUUUACAAGCAUCAGUGUGUGCAGAGGUGUCCAGGGAGCUUUCUUUUACAAAGGCAUGGAGUAUCAUUUCUGGUACAGAGGGAACGAAACGGCAGAAGCACUUAUGCCAAGUGCAGAAAAGACACACAUGAUACGCCGGCAAAGGCGCGCGGUUAACCCCGACGCAUCUUCCCGAUGUGGAGUGUCUUCUGAUGUCAACCGUCCUCUCGUGAAGUCGCUGGAGAAAUACUGGCAUACGAAGGGGCACGCGAAAAACCCAACAGAGUGUGUGCUGAAAGGCAGGGCGAGAUCUAAGAGGUUUGCGUCUCUAUCUAGAUAUAUCGAGGUCUUGAUCGUUGCCGAUGAAUCCAUGGCGAAGUUCCAUGGCGAAGACCUCGAGCAUUACCUUCUGACCCUUAUGUCAGUAGCCGCAACGCUGUACAAGCACCCCAGCAUUUUAAAUGACAUUAACAUUGUGGUGGUGAAGUUCUUGGUGAUUGAGGAGCCCGAGGAAGGGCCUAAAAUCUCCAGCAACGCGGCACUGUCGCUGCGUAACUUCUGCACAUGGCAAAAGAAGUUCAACAGGAUGAACGACAAACACCCCGAGCACUGGGACACGGCCAUCUUAUUCACUAAACAGGACUUGUGUGGGGCUACCACCUGUGACACUCUGGGCAUGGCCGAUGUUGGGACCAUGUGUGAUCCCAAAAGAAGCUGUUCGGUCAUCGAGGAUGACGGUCUCCCCUCAGCCUUCACCACGGCACACGAGCUAGGGCAUGUCCUCAGUAUGCCCCAUGACAACGUGAAGGCGUGUGAAGAGGUGUUUGGAACACUGAAGGACAACCACAUGAUGUCUCCUACCCUCACCCAUGUUGACCGCAGCAAUCCCUGGUCCGUCUGCAGCGCCGCCAUCGUCACAGAUUUCCUGGACAGCGGCCACGCUGACUGUCUACUGGACCAGCCCCAGAAACUGCUGCCUCUACCAGAAGACCCUCCAGGACUGGCUUACAGCCUCAGCCGCCAGUGCGAGUUGGCCUUUGGCUCUGGGUCCAAGCCCUGCCCUUACAUGCAGGCAUGCGCCAAGCUGUGGUGCACAGGAAAGACCAGGGGACAUCUGGUGUGCCAGACGCGCCACUUCCCCUGGGCCGACGGCACCAGCUGUGCUAACAACAAGAUAUGCUACAGAGGAGCUUGUGCUGACAGAAGCGUCACCACCACAUCCAAGGUGGAUGGGCAGUGGGGUAAGUGGAGGCCAUAUGGAUUGUGUUCGCGAUCGUGUGGAGGAGGAGUCCAGCUGGCCAAGAGGGAUUGCAACAGCCCUGUUCCUGAACACGGGGGUAACUACUGCCAAGGCCAGCGUGUGAAGUUUCGCUCCUGCCGUCUGGAGCCGUGUCCAGCUUCAGGGAAGAGUUUUCGUGAGGAGCAGUGUGAGAGCUUCAGUGGCUUCAGUCUCAACACCAACAGGCUCAGCUCCUCCGUUACCUGGGUGCCUAAAUACUCCGGAAUCUCCCUGAAGGACAGGUGCAAGCUUAUCUGCAGAGCCAAUGGAACAGGGUACUUCUAUAUGCUUUCCCCGAAGGUCGUGGACGGAACACUCUGCUCGCCCGACACCUCGGCCGUCUGCGUUCAGGGGAAGUGCAUCAAGGCAGGUUGUGAUGGCAAGCUGAGCUCCAACGUGAAGUUUGACAAGUGUGGAGUGUGUGGAGGAGAUGAGCAGAACUGCAGAAAGGUGUCUGGAGUGUUCACCAAACCCAUACAUGGAUAUAACUUUGUGGUGACCAUACCUGUUGGAGCCUCAAAUGUGGACAUCAGACAACGUGGCUACCGGGGUUUGGUAAAUGACGACAACUACUUAGCUAUCAAGAACGUCCACGGUGAGUAUCUCCUCAAUGGGAACUAUGUGGUGUCCGCAGUGGAGAGGGACAUCAUUGUGAAGGGCAGCCUGCUUCGCUACAGUGGGACGUCCACAGCGGUGGAGACACUGCAGGCUGCCAGACCACUGCUGGAGCCCCUGACUGUGGAGGUGCUGUCAGUGGGCAAAAUGACACCUCCUCGAGUACGAUACUCCUACUACCUGACCAAGGAUAGCAAGGAGGAGAAGCUCCCAAAGAAGGGAGAGAGAAUCCAUGACCAGAAAAGCAUCCUCGUAGAAAGGUGGAGAAAGGUGGAGACAAAGAAGCCAGCCUAUCAGAAGCCCUCCAGUCAGUGGGUGACUGGUGACUGGGAAGAAUGUUCUGUGAGCUGUGGAAACGGCUUCCAGAAAAGACUUGUCCAGUGUCUGGACAGAGAAGGGAAAGUUGCCGCAUACUGUGACAGUGUCCAACGGCCCAGUGCCAUCAGGGUGUGUGGUGACCCCUGCCCCAUCUGGAGUAUUGGCGAAUGGUCCGCUUGCUCCAAAAGCUGCGGAAAAGGCUUCAGGAAACGGAUUCUGCGCUGCAUCACUCCAGGUGGUCUGCUCCUUCCCAGACACCACUGCUCUGGCCAGAGGAAGCCCCAGGAGCUAGACUUCUGCACUGUUCGAGCCUGCCAGUGAUUUGGUGUGACUCCUUAGGAACCCAUUCAAGUGUUAAGUUGCAGGCACAUACUAUGGGACCAAAUCUUUCUUGAUUUGCUUCAAUUGUUGUUCCCGGAGCCUCGUGGUGCCUCACGUUUAGAACACAAGCAAGGUGACAAAUGGGACAGACAAGGAAGUGAUCGGAGAGUCGGAGAAACAGCUCUGGUGUCUUUUAUGUGAUGAUUUGAAGUCACACACAGGCUACCUCUAAAUGUAUCUGAACUGCAGAAUACAAGUUAUACAAAGAUCAAAAAAGUAGCAAAGCUCAUGUGAUAAAAUACCCUCUUAAUGUAAAAAAGUCCCCAAAACACAGAAAUCCAUAUUACACAGAACACAAUGUCUUCAUUAGGGAUAGUGUCUAUAUAUGCUUAGGUCUAUAUAUAGAUUUGAAUUCAUAUAAUUUCUAUGAGGUAAAUGUGAAGCAAAUUGUAUGCAAAAUAUGCAAAUGUAUACAAAAUAUGCAAACGGUAUGUCAAAUAUAGGGCUGUGUGGUACUUGCACUACAGAAUAUUUUUGUAUUUGCAAAUCAAGAUUAG